AUGGCGGACAACAAAGAGAACAUGGGUGCCGUUACCCACCAACUAAGCGCCGUGGACGACGACUUGCGCAAAGAUGGUGACGUUCAGGAGAAAACCGUGGCAUCAGUAGCUCUAGCUGCUGCCAUGGAGGCCUCAAAACCUAAGCUAUGGUCGAAAAGCAUGAUUCAAUUGUAUAUGAUCAUGGGUAUUGGAUACCUGGUCUCGACAAUGAACGGAUUCGACUCAUCCCUCAUGGGAGCCAUCAACGCCAUGAAGCCCUAUCAGAGCACGUUUGGUUUGUCUGGCGAGGGAUCUAGCACUGGCAUCAUCUUCAUCAUCUACAACUUGGGACAGAUUGCAGCUUUCCCCUUCUGCGGCUUCCUCGCUGAUGGAUACGGUCGACGCAUUUGCAUCUUUGUUGGCUGCGCGCUUGUCCUUGUCGGCACUGCUGUUCAGGCCUCUGCAAACAGCAUGGAACAGUUUAUCGGCGGCCGUUUCCUACUUGGAUUCGGUGCAUCGAUCGCAUCUGCUGCGGGACCUGCCUACACUGUCGAGCUGGCCCACCCUGCGUACCGAGGAACCAUGGCUGGUAUGUACAACAACUUCUGGUGGCUCGGCAACAUCCUCGCGGGCUGGACGACCUACGGAACCAACAAGAACUUCGCCAACUCAUGGGCAUGGAGACUCCCUACUGUCGUUCAGUGCUUCAUUCCGGGCCUUGUCAUGUGUUGCAUCAUGUUCUUCCCGGAAACACCUCGUUGGUUGCUUGCCAAGGACCGACGCGAAGACGCAAUUGCGAUUAUGGCCAAGUACCACGGUGAUGGUGACGCCAAUCAUCCUCUUGUCCAACUUCAAUUACAUGAAAUCACCCAAGACUUCUCAGUCACACGCAAUGACAACCCAUGGUGGGACUUCCGCGAGCUGUACAACACAAAGGCAGCCCGCUACCGCAUGAUGAUGGUCAUUGCAAUGGCCUUCUUUGGUCAAUGGUCUGGUAACAACGUGGUAUCCUACUUCAUGCCUGCCAUGGUCAAGAACGCAGGUAUCACCGACCCCGACAAACAGCUCCUUAUCAACGCAAUCAACCCAAUCUUCAGCAUGCUUGGUGCCAUCUACGGAGCUACCCUCCUCGACAAACUUGGUCGUCGCAAAAUGCUGCUCGGUGGUCUGGGUGGUGGCCUUUUCUUCUACGUCUUGUUGACUGCUUUCACUGCCACCGCAAAGCCUAGUAACGAUCUUGCUUACGGCGUAAUUGUCUCGAUCUACUGCUUCGGCAUCAUCUUUGCAUGGGGUUGGACACCGCUCCAGACCUUGUACGCCGUGGAGGUUUUGGAAAACAGGACCAGGGCGAAGGGCAGUGGAGCCAACUUUCUCUUCCUGAACAUUGCCAUGGUCGUCAACACAUACGGUAUCUCGGUUGGAAUGGAGAAGAUUGGGUGGAAGUUGUACCUUGUGUACAUUGGCUGGAUCUGCGUUGAGAUUGCUUUCAUCUACCUGUUCUUCGUUGAAACAGCAGGCAAGACGCUCGAAGAGCUGAAGGGCAUCUUCGAGGCGCCCAACCCGCGUAAAGCGUCACUCAAGCGCGCCAAGGUCGAAGUCGCUGGUGGCCAGAUCCACAACGUUACCGACGCAUGA